UAAGUACAUAUAUGCUGCCAGAUUUCCGAACUGCGUGCAGUGCAGCCACUCAAUCCCAUGUGAUUGGAUGCAGUGAAGGCGAAAGGCGAUGUUGAAGGCUCGUCUGGAGCAAGACGCCGUUUUCGGUCGCUGCCUAGCCGUUGCGGAGCCCGUCCGGCGCGGGGACCUGGUCGUGGAGGAGCUGCCCUUUGCCCAAGGACCGAAACGCGACAGCGGUAUCGUUUGCCUCGCCUGCUAUCAGUUCCUGCAGUUCGGCGAGGAUGGAGACUCACUGGACCGCUGCGAGAUCUGCGACUGGCCAUUAUGCGCGGCGUGUGCCAUUGGCAGUGACGUGACCGAUCAUAGCGGGGAGUGCGAGGUGUUCGCCAACGCACGUGUCACUUUUGCCGGGAAUGUGAGCGAUGACGGUGUCUGUACGCAAUUAGAUUGCAUAACACCAUUGAGAGUACUGUUAGCUAAGGAGGCAGAUCCUGAAAGAUGGGACAGUCAAGUAGAACCUAUGGAGCACCACGAAGAGGAGCGGAAAGAGGAUGCUGAUGUGUGGCAUGCGGAUCGAGUGAAUAUUGCUCAGUAUCUGCGUGGACCCUGCAAACUUUCAUCCAGAUUUAGUGAGGAACUAAUCAUGCAGGUCGUGGGUAUCCUAGAAGUCAAUGCCUUUGAAGCAAGGACCACCAGAGGAUUUCCUCUGAGGUGUCUCUACCCGUACACUGGAAUUUUAGCUCACAAUUGUGUUCCCAACACCUCCCGCAGCAUCUAUCCUAGUGAAGGUUACAAAAUCCGCCUAAGGGCAAUGGUGGAUCUGACGGAAGGACAACCCCUUCACCACAGUUAUACUUAUACCCUGGACGGAACAGCUCAGAGGCAACGACAUCUUAAGCAGGGAAAGUAUUUCCACUGCACAUGCGAACGCUGCCAGGAUCCCAGUGAACUAGGCACCCAUUUUUCCAGCCUAAAGUGUGGGCAGUGCACAGAGGGCUAUCAAGUGCCCAGGCAGCCAACGGAUUCAGAUUCUAGUUGGCCCUGCAGCAACUGCGGAGCAAGCAGCAGCCAAGCAGAGGUGGAAACGCUCCUCCAGUCUCUACAAUCGGAGGUAAACAAGGUACAGAGCCUGGAAAUGGGAGCCAAACGGCUGGAGGAGGCCGAACGACUGCUGCGGAAGUACAAAUCUUUGCUGCAUCCACUGCACUUUAUCGCAACGGGACUGAGGCAGCUCCUCAUCGAGAUGUACGGACGAGUGCAGGGCUACGAGAUGGUCCAGUUGCCGGAACAUCAACUGGAACGAAAGGUCGAGCUUUGCCGCCAGGUGCUGGGUGUUCUGAAUGUCUUCGAACCGGGUCUCAGUCGCACCAGAGCCAUGAAUCUAUACGAGAUGCAUGUGCCUCUAGUCCUCCUGGCGAAAAAUGGUUUCAUUGCAAGCCGACUUGGUGGUGGAGAGUUGCGCACCCGCCUUGUCGAUGCAAUUGAUUUGCUAAAGGAGUGCGUGGAGAUCCUGGAGUGUGAGGACAAGAGUUCCCAAGAGGGUGUCCUGUGCGGAGUGGCCUCGCAGGCGUUGAAACAACUUCUUCUUAGUGUCGAAGGUCUGGGAAGCGAACUCAAUUAGUUACUUAUCAUAUUGGUUAGCUUUAUUUAAACUGAUCAGGAGGCAAUCUCUGGUGUUACAUUGAAAAGUGUCUAGUGCUGAUUCUAAAGAAAAAUAAAACUCUACAACUUAAAAGUGACUACAAAUAUUA